AGACGGUGGCACACGACGUACUACAUCUCCCACAACACAUUGCGGCAGUUGAGCUGUGUGUAUGUGAGGCAGAGGCAGAGAGAGAGGAAGAUUUAGGAAUUCGUCUGCAGUCUAUGAGCUGCGCUGUCGCAAAAAAUAAUGGCCUAGUAGUCCAGCUCGCUGCUAGUGUUUCCUCGUGCAUGUGUAUGUGCUUCGGGUUAUGAGCAGUGGUAAGACAUCUUGCUACAACCGAUACUCCGGAGGAGCAGCAGUAGCAGCUGCCGCCACAGCAAACAUCCCCAGCAGCCCUUCCACCCCCCCAGCAGACUCCACCAGUGAGAGCACGAUGGAGGCCCCGUUUGGCCCUACCUUCUCAACCGUGGCUGCUGGAGCUAAAGCAGAGGGGUCCAGUACCUACAAGCAGCACAGAAGAACUCCCUCCUCCUCCAGCACUCUAACCUACUCCCCCCGGGAUGAUGACGAUGGAAUGCCUCCCAUUGGUACUCCUCGGAGGUCUGAUUCAGCCAUCUCAGUCCGAUCACUCCAUUCAGAGUCCAACAUGUCUCUGCGCUCCACUUUCUCUCUGCACGAAGAAGAGGAGGACACGGAGCCCCAGGUGUUUGCAGAGCAGCCAUCAGUAAAACUGUGCUGCCAGCUCUGCUGUAACGUCUUUAAGGACCCUGUCAUCACCACAUGUGGGCACACCUUCUGCAGACGAUGUGCCUUGACUUCCGACAAGUGCCCAGUGGAUGCUGCUAAGCUAACGGUUGUGGUAAACAACAUCGCUGUGGCUGAGCAGAUUGGAGAGCUGUUCAUCCACUGUAAAUACGGCUGCAGGGCCACGGGUGGUGGUGCAGGCGGGGCUGCAGCCUCCAAUGCUACAGUGGCCGGGAAGCCUGGAGCAUACGAGGUGGACCCACUGGGCUGCCCAUUCACUAUCAAACUGUCAACACGCAAAGAACAUGAGGCCAGUUGUGACUACAGGCCAGUCCGCUGCCCCAAUAACCCCUCCUGCCCCCCGCUGCUCACCAUGAACCUGGAGGCUCAUCUCAAAGAAUGUGAGCACAUCAAAUGUCCACACUCCAAAUAUGGCUGUACAUUCAUUGGUAACCAAGACACGUAUGAAACACACCUGGAGGUGUGUAAAUUUGAGGGGUUGAAGGAGUUUCUCCAGCAGACUGAUGACAGGUUCCAUGAGAUGCAGCUGACUCUGGCCCAGAAGGACCAAGAUAUUGCUUUUCUGCGCUCCAUGUUGGGCAAGCUGUCAGAAAAAUUAGAUCAACUAGAGAAGAACUUGGAACUCAAAUUUGAUGUGCUGGAUGAGAACCAGAGUAAACUGAGUGAGGACUUGAUGGAAUUUCGCAGAGAUGCCUCCAUGCUGAACGAUGAGUUGUCCCACAUCAACGCCAGGCUCAACAUGGGAAUCCUGGGCUCAUACGACCCCCAGCAGAUCUUCAAGUGCAAGGGGACAUUUGUUGGCCAUCAGGGUCCAGUCUGGUGUCUGUGUGUCUACUCCACUGGAGACCUGCUCUUCUCGGGAUCCUCAGAUAAGACUAUCAAGGUAUGGGACACCUGCACCACCUACAAGUGUCAGAAAACCCUUGAGGGUCACGAUGGCAUCGUACUGGCUCUGUGUAUCCAGGGAAACAAGCUAUACAGUGGCUCUGCAGAUUGCACCAUCAUCGUGUGGGAUAUCCAGACCCUGCAGAAAGUCAAUACCAUCCGUGCCCAUGACAACCCCGUAUGCACUCUGGUGUCCUCCCACAACAUGUUGUUCAGCGGCUCCCUCAAGGCCAUUAAGGUGUGGGACAUCGUGGGCACAGAGCUGAAGCUGAAGAAAGAGCUGACCGGUUUGAAUCACUGGGUCAGAGCGCUGGUGGCCUCCCAGAACCACCUGUACAGUGGCUCAUAUCAGACCAUCAAGAUUUGGGACAUCCGCUCUCUGGAGUGUGUUCACGUUCUGCAGACCAGCGGGGGCAGCGUCUACUCCAUCGCUGUCACCAACCACCACAUCGUCUGUGGGACUUAUGAAAACCUCAUCCAUGUAUGGGAUAUUGAGUCUAAAGAGCAGGUGCGGACUCUUACAGGUCAUGUGGGAACAGUUUACGCUCUCGCUGUCAUCUCCACCCCUGACCAGACCAAAGUGUUCAGCGCCUCCUACGACCGGUCUCUCAGGGUGUGGAGCAUGGACAACAUGAUCUGUACCCAGACCCUGCUGAGACACCAGGGCAGUGUAACAGCUCUGGCAGUUUCCAGAGGUCGCCUCUUCUCUGGAGCUGUUGACAGCACCGUCAAGGUGUGGACAUGCUAAAUGAACAGUUUGCUCUGCAGUUGACUUCAAAUCUCAUUAACCUUUCCACAUGAUUUUCUCCUCCACACCCAUUUCUUUGAUUGUGAUUUAAUGGCCACAGACCAGUAAUAACCACCACUCCACGAUCAAGCUGCAUUGGAACUGUUUUACUAAGUGUUGCUUUUAAAACUUCAAACAAACACUCCGACACGUUGACCCGAUCGUCAGGAUCGAGGCUCAGCCCCACAUCACACUCCACAGUGACCUCAGUGACCCAGUGCAUUACGGGGCAAAAUAAGACGAGCUGCCUUAUGGUUGCAACGCACUGCGCCGACACUGAGAUUGAAUAGGCGCUGCACUCCUGUAAUCAGAGCAGGAAGCAGAGAGGAAUAUGCUUGUUAAGAGUUUUUCAAACUGUAGAUGGUCCUGCCUGCUUCCUGCAGAUACACCUGCCAUUUAAGAACUGUACUGAUGAUGCCUAAUGUUAAACUGUUCAAAUAAGUGUAAGGGCUGGUUUCACAAACAUGGAAUGACACCACACUGAAAUGUUUAUGUUAUGUCAAGGUGACUGUUCUAAAGCCAAAUCACUCCUGAGGGAAGUCCCAGAAUGCACCAAAACAAAGACAGGUAAUGCAUUUAGAAGUAAUUAAAGUGAGACUAGGUUAUUUUAUGCAAGUGAAGUAGCAGCAGAUUUAUGCUGAAAUUAAUGUGAACAAUCUCUUCCCACUUGCCUCCAGUUUUUCUCAGACACCUCAGUAAAUGACUCACUAUUUACUCCUUUAAGUUAUUUGAGCAGUGACGGUCAAGGAUACAAAUGAAAGCAGCUUUAACAUCUGAAUUCAUAUUCCAAUUCCUUGGUUUGAUUUGGUUCAAACAAACUGCUGCAGUUUUUCACUUUAGUUUGGUGCAGUUGUUCUGGUGAAAGAGCGGUCAUUACUCCAUUAUUUCUGAUAAGGAAGGGUUUAAGGCAGACUCUGGCGCUGUUCGUUUGUUGAUAUAUUGUUGAUACUAGCUUAUUGCUGUUACAUAGUUUGUCCACCAGAGAGCACUGACAAGCUUAUUUUCCUACUGUAAAACUUUCAGCUUUAUGUGUAUCUAAAAUCUAAAGGAUCUGUGUCAGUACUGUUUAUGUUAUAUGAAAAAAACUAUCUACUGAUGUGUAAGUAUUUCCGAUAUAUAUUUAUGGAUAUCAGUAUUUGCCUCAAAAAUUCAGUAUUAGUCGGGCUAUAGUAACCAUGGCAACAAGUGUGCAAGGGCCCAUGUGAUUAUGGGAUUUUCCCCCAUUUAUUAUAGUGAAACAUAGUGACCACACAGCAACUGUUUCCCCUUUUUUUUCCGGUUUCUGCCUGGUUGACAUUAUUAAUCACCUAAUGUCUUGACUGUUGAUAUCCGUCCUCAUUAUUUCAUCAUGAGCUCUUCGUGAGUAACACCAGAGAACAUAAAUACACACACACAGGACCCGCCGUCAGUCACCAGAAUUUGAUUUCCAUAAAUGGGUUCAAGUAGCGCUGAUGGCCAAUGAGUGACUUCAUGCUCACAGUUCUUGGUUCAUUUGUGAAAAGUAGAAUUAAAAAAGGAACAAUUUCUUGUUUAUUUUUUCAUUGGUCCAAACUAACUGAGGUAACUAACUAUGAAUGCGAGCUUAGCCGAGGUUUGUACCUGACAGUCUGGUUGAAAUGAAUUGUCUACUGCUUUCAGACCAGCUAGUGCAUUGAUAAUGGCCUUGGCAUGAGAAGCAUUAAAAAGACAUUUCCAGCUCACUGCAGACGAUGGCCAGAGAAAGAAUGUUUGACGCUUAAGUCUCCAUUUCCUCUCCAGACAGCAAAAGUGCACAUACCAACAUGGAUGGAUGCAGGUGCAAUAAUACAUUGUCCACACUCCUUAUUCAUUGCUGUUGUCACCCAGCUCAGUUUUGUGAAACCAGCCUUUAUCAAACACCUUUUAAUAAGACUUUAAAGAGAAUGACAGAUCUAUAGAUUUACUGAGUUUUAUAUUAGUGCCAUGAUAGAGCUGUAUUCAGAGCCACUCAACAGUUGUACAGUCGUGUAAAGUAACAGAUAGUGCCGAGCCUGGACAUGUGCCCAUGAGAAUGACUCACACUGGCCUACAUAACAGAGAGACAGGCAGAGAGGAGGAGACAAUUUGUGUGCAUGUAUGUGUCUGUUAUUGUGUAUAUUGUAUGUGAGCGUGUUUCAAUGAGUGCCAUAUGUGUGGAUGAAAAGUUAGGAAAGACUGUAAUGAUGCAUAUUUCUCCCCUCUCUCUGUCUCCCUCCUCCCUCUCUCUGAUCUCUAUAUUCAGCUGGUUAGAAUAAACAUAACCACAGAUUAACACUUAAGGACUGUAAGCACUUGAUGGACAGUGAAGGCAAGUGCUGGACCAGGUGUAAUUAACCUCAGAACUCCCAGAGGCAAAGUGCCAUUGAGCUUAAGCGAAGUCCUGUUUUGCUAAAUUACGUUUGAGGACCCACAUUGGGUUGAAAAUAUGAAAAAUGACUUAAAAUGCCUGGGAGGGUAGUUUUUAAGUUAAUGAGAUCAUGUACACCCACACCAAAUUUAGAUAUGUAAGCUGAAGUAGAUUUUUACAGAUGUUGAGAAGUAUUUUGCUUUCAUUUCAAUGCAAAUCUGGCCACCUCUUUCUGUAGCCUUAGUGAGAAAGGUAGAGGAGGGGAAGAGAGAAAGUGUCUUCACUGGUCACAGUUUCAGUGAUUUCUUGUAUACUUGUAAUCAUGUAAGCCUGAGUUGAUCAUUGAUCAAUAAAACAGUUGUACACUUUGAGAA